AUGCCCGCUUCUCGAUAUAUUGGCGCAAUUCUGGCACCAGCAGUAGUGCUGGCCAGUCGCCAUGCUAUCCCCGCUCCCACUGUACCAGUGUCUCCUGACCCAAUCGACGGCUUCAGUCCGAAAAUCACUGGGGCAGCCCGCAUUGAGGACCCAACUAUUGAGCUGCUGAAGCGCUAUAUCGACUACGACCAAACCUGUGGUUUUGUGAAUGGAGACUAUGAGAGUGCCUUGACCUGCGCUGGAACUACCGAUGCCUCAGCACCUUACUGCGUGGACUGGAAGUACGAUUUCAUCACAACCACUCUCGCCGGCUACGGCUGCGACGUCUCCGCCUUCACUGGCACCGUCGAGCGCACAUACAGCGGCCAGUCCACUUUCGACAUCAGCUCCUACCUCACCUCCAUCCCCGAGUUCAGCUUCCCCACCGUCUUCGUCACCCAAACCCAAAUCCUCUCCGCCGGCCUUGCCAGCGGCAGCUCCUCCUCCUCUUCAUCCUCGUCCUCAUCCAGCAGCGAUGACGACUCGAAGAAGACCCCCCUCGGCGCCAUCAUCGGCGGCGUCGUCGGUGGCCUCGCAGUCCUCGCCGUGGCGGGCGGCGUCCUCCUCUUCUGUCUCUUCAAGCGCCGCCGCGACAGGCGCAACGCCGCCGCAGCUGCGGCCUUCCACCCCGCGCAACCCGGUCCUCCUCCCCCUCCUCCUCCGCAGCAGCAACACCAGCAUCAGCCCCCGCCUCCGAUGCCGUACGGCGGUCCCGUCCCGGGCCCCAACGACUAUAAGCCUCCGCCGCCCAUGGCCGGCGUGCCGCAGAUGCAGCAGCCAGGCAACACGGCGAGCUUCUACGCGCCGCCGCCACCGCCGCAAUCCCCUCCCCCGCAGCAUCAGCAUGGAGCCGCGGAGUCGGAUGUAAAGUAUGAGUACUCGCAGCAUACCGUGUCGAGUGUGCCCGGCACGCCCGGUCCGUACUCGCCGCCGAUCAGCCCCAGUCCACAAUAUACUCCGUCGCCGAUACAGCAGGGGCCGCCGCAGCCGCCGCAGCAGCAGCAGCAACAGUGGAAUUCGAACGUUCCGCAGAUUGAUGGGACGCCGGUAUAUAGGAACAGUGAAGGGCAGCAGGUGCAUGAGGCGCCGUAG